AUGACGCCAGACCUUUCUCUCGAGGAAGCGCAGCCAGCGCAUGCGAACACUUCCUCUGUCAUCGACCUCCUAAACCGACUAUCCACUCCUCAGCUACCCAGAAACAACACCACAACGACCUCCAAUAUUCCUUCCAUACUCAACCAACUGUCCAACCUUUCUCCUGUCAGCGCAUCGAUACCCAACAAUAGCUGUCCCUUCAUAUCACGCCUUUCCACCGACGUUCGCACACAAAUUUACUCCUAUCUCCUCCUCAAUCCCUUACUCUCUACAGCAGAAUGUGUAAGUGUCGAAACCGAUUUCGGCAUCAACCAAAAAUACGAACUCGAGCCUUCAAUUCUCAGAACAUGCAAAGAAGUCUACGGAGAAGCGUCCACCGUUCUCUACGGCCUCAACAAAUUCUACCUCGUCGCCAUGAAAAGCACCCGCAUGUUUCGUUUCACACUUGCAGAUUUUAUCAGUGGAAGCGCGCUCACGAGAUAUUGGAGAGAAAAUGCUGAUAUCUUCAAGGUUGCGCCUGAGUCUACUUUGUAUCUGUGUAAAGUACGUCAAUGGCGAGUCGAAGUAGGCUGGUAUGGGUCGCCUGGUCAAAGCGAUAUAUCUCUUCCUGUAGUAUCUAUGAAAACACCGGAGGAAUACAAGUUCACGCGAUCUUUACCAAUCGAUCCAAGAACUGGUUUACCGCCUGUUUCUGGACAAAGGAGAACUCGAAAUCAAUAUUUAUUGAGACUUGGAGCGCAAGAUGCGACGAGCUCGACCAUGGUGAAUACACUUUCAUUCUUAAGACCGUUGCUCGAAUAUAGUUUGGUGCCUUUUUGUCAUUUGAUUAAACUUUGUGAAGUACCACCGCAUACUCUGGAGAUUAUUAUUAGAGCAAAGAAGGAGGGAGAAGCUCCCAUUCGAUCCGAAUAUCUGGGUGUAGUACCUACGGAAGCUGAGAAAUUGCGAUUGGUAAGACCACUGGAGAUGUUACGAGGGUUGGGUAGUUUGGAGUUCACGUAUGGCGAGAAGAGCAGUGGGAAUGACGUACCAUCUGACGGAAAUGCCAUCGAAGACACUACACCCGCCGACGAAGGCGCCAAUUCAAGUACUACUCAAAACAACACACCACCCGAGAUCUCAAUCUACCAGCUCAUCCAACACUCAACAAUCAUCCACCUAGCCACCUCCAAGGCAGAAUACCUGACAGUUGAAUCCCCCGCCAGUAUAUACAACAACCUUCUUUCCUACGCCCAAGCCUUCGAACGUUACGAACCCUUCAAGCAACACAUGGCAACCAACUGGCUCUACCAGAACUACUACAAGAGCACCCCUAAUCCCUACAAAACCAAAACUACAAAUCCCAUUCAAUUUUCAAAUCCAUUCGGUCCUCAAGACAACAACUACAAAUCCCACCCUGUAAAUCGCCAUCUUUCAAAUGUCGCAGCCGCGGUGCGAAGACACGAUAUCAUUGCGCUCAGAAAUAACCGUAGAGCCGUGAUUGAGUACCUAGAACCACAAUAUACACGUAUCCUCUCACAAGUCCAGAGAUUUCGAGAAUACACCGAGAAGCAAAAUAAAAAAUUCGGGAUCUGGAAGGGCGUUUCGAUACUCGAGAAGCAGAUACUUGAUCAACGAGUGGAGGGCAACAGUGCGCUCAAUCCACAUCCCGAAAAGAGAACCACAAGUAUCGAUUUCUCAGAAGCGCUAGUCAUACUCGAAGAAUACGCAGAGUCAUUUACCCGCGAUUUUCCGCUCGAAACACGUCGUCAAAUUGCUCUUAUUCGCUACGAAUAUUACGGUCACUACGAAAUCAUGGAACGCGAAGUUGCGAUGCGGAAACUCCAGGAAAUGGUAGUUGAAAUGCCGCACCCAUUUGAAGAAGCGGCUGUAGAAUUCAAGAAAUGGUAUAUGCGCGCUGCGAAUGAUAUGCAGAGACAAUUUUUGGAGAUUAGAAGCGCGAGGAGACGCUUGAUUGAGGAUGAUGGUGUGAGGGGUAGGAGGGAAUUCCCGGUUGAUUUUUUAAUGGGGUUGGAGGAUGGCGAAAUUGAUUGGUGUGUGUCUAAUGAUGAGCUUGAGCUUUCGGAGAGCAUUUUAAAGAAUAAGAGGAAUCAGGCUGGUUGGGUUUAG